UUUGUUCGUUUGUGUCUUUCAUGGUUCUCCAAACAGGAAAUGGUGUUAAUUAAGAGGUUGUGUUUGUGCACGUGAUGACCGGUAAUCUCACUAUAAUUUGCGGGGUUUUUUCCCCAGGAUAGACGCACGCACGCCUGCCUCAUCUGGACAUACUAUAUGGGACGCGUGACUUUAACUUGUCAGGUGAAUGACCGCGCGCCCGCCCGCGCGAGUAACGGUCCGGGGUUAAAACCAUCGGACAGCGCAUAAGUUUUGGACUGGAGCAGUAAAGUGCGACUCGGUGAAGGUUUGGGAAGCAUUUGACCUGGAAAUGAAAAUGAUGGCCGCGCGAUUCGCUUUCUGCGUCCACGUCGCGCGAGCGGCCACAUGGAACACCACGCGCGUUUUCGGACACGGACUCGCGCGCAGCCUCAGCAGUGACACAGAUUUCUCUGGCAUUAAAGAACGGACCUUGGUUGCGGUGAAGCCUGACGGCGUUCAGAGGCGUCUGAUCGGUGAUGUCAUCAAGCGCUUUGAGCAGCGAGGAUUUCGAUUGGUGGGUCUGAAGAUGCUGCAGGCUUCUGACAAGCUUUUAGCUCAGCAUUACGUCUCGCUGCAGAAGAAACCUUUCUACUCCAGCCUGCUUCACUACAUGACCUCUGGCCCCAUAGUUGCCAUGGUGUGGGAGGGGCAUAAUGUAGUGAGGUCAUCACGUAUGCUGGUGGGAUGCACAGACCCUGCUGAAGCUGCACCGGGAACGAUUCGAGGAGAUUUCAGUGUUCACAUCAGCAGAAAUGUCAUCCAUGCGUCUGAUUCAGUGGAGGGAGCGGAGCGGGAGAUUUCACUGUGGUUUCAUCGCUCGGAGCUCAUCGACUGGGAGGGAUGCGAUCAUAAAAACCUUUAUCACAUUAUAUGAGGGUCAGUUUGAGACAUCCGUAUGUGUUAAAUGAACUCUGAUCCCCCUCAGCAGGUUGAUUUCUGCUCAAUUUCCUUAAUAGCACAAAAUGCCAAUGAUAUGCAGUUUUUGGGCCUGCAAAUGUUAUCAUUUUAAAAUGAUCCGAUGUAAAUAGAUUGAAAUGUUCUAUUUUAUAUUACAAAUAUUUAAAAAGAAAUGUAAGAACCUUUUGAAGAAAACGUUUAAAAAAGGUGCCUUUGAAUAUUUUCAAACAGAAAAUAUUGCUUUGAAAAUUUUGCUUUGACGCACAAGUCUUAAUAGUUUCUAAUUGUUUCUGUUUUUUGUUCUAUUUUUACUAAACGUAACCAGUGAUCACAUAUACGUGAAUGGUGCUGAUCAAUAUAACUAACUUUUUUGAACAAUGUAUUUUAAUGUCUUUUUCAAUUAGAAAAAAAAAAAAAACUUGUAUUUUAGCAGAUGCUUGUUAUCCAAACCCAGUCCCCUCACUCAGGGAAACAUGCAUUAAAAGUGCAGUAAAUAAUUAUUUAUAGACUGUUAAUUUAAUGUGACAAAGGUUCAUCAAAUAAAUACUUGCUGUAACACAAAAA